AUGUCUCCCAUAGAGACAUUCCACUAUGGCCCGCAUGAGCUCCAAAAGAUUCAUGUUUCGAAAGUAUCAGAAAACUUCGGCCAAACUGAUAAAGAACGCUAUUGGAUAGUAUAUAUUCACGGUGGUGCUUGGAGAGAUCCCACCAUCCUCGCAAGCUCAUUUAAAUCUACCGAAAGAGUCCUGCGUAACAACCCUCUGGUACAGAACCACGUAGCUGCUUUCGCUUCUAUAGACUAUCGCUUGAGCCCGCAUCCAGACUUUCCACAAGACUCGAAGCAUACACCAGACACCCAGCUUCGUGUUGCCGAGCAUCCAGAUCAUCUGCACGACGUGCAGGCCGCACUCAAGUUCCUACAAGACAACUACAGCAUUGGAGAGAAUUACGUUCUCGUUGGCCAUAGCUGUGGAGCAACGUUGGCUUUUCAGACAGUCAUGGGCAGAGUGAGCGGAGCAAAUCCAAGCACAGCACCCAAGCCAAAGGCUAUAGUCGGCGCUUGUGGUAUUUACGACCUUCGGCUGCUCCGAGACGAUUUCAAACAGUAUGGUUCUGUAAAUGAAUUUAUCACACGGGCGUUUGGCGCCGAAGAGGAUGUUUGGGAUGAAGUCAGCCCGGGGAAAGUCGGCAGGUCGGAUGGCGUUGCCUCUGGAUGGUCAACAGGCCAAGUUGCGGUCGUAGCCAGUUCGACAGGGGAUUCACUUAUUAAUCUACCUCAGGGGCUAGUCAUGGGGAAGGUUUUGAAGAAUUGGGAAAGUCUAGCUGACGGAAGGACAUUGGUCUUGCACCAGGAUCUUCAGGAAGAGCAUGACGAUGUCUGGAGCAAGGGUCAGGAACUUGCAAGUGUCAUAAUAGACGCGUUACAGAAUCUGGUUGAAAGGCAUGCGUGA